AUGGAAACCGGUUUAACCAUCUUAAAGCUGUCGUUCUUCCUCGGCCUAGUCGUGGUUGUAUCAUGUUCUCAGGCUCCCGCACCGUGGAACCCAUCUAUGGGGAUGCGUCCAGGAACGUGUGACCACUACGAGUGCCCAACCUACAAGUUGGUACAAGCCGGAUACGGGUACGAGAUCCGCAUGUAUAACUCUGCGGUCUGGAUGUCCACGGAUCCCAUAACCGCCCAAUCCAUGACCCAGGGCACCAAAACGGGUUUCCAACGAUUAUUUCGUUACAUACAAGGAGAUAACAAAAGCAAGAUAAAGAUGAACAUGACAGCUCCGGUUAUCACACAAAUAACACCUGGAGCAGAAAUGUACAUGUACACCGUCUCCUUCUACAUCCCAAAGAAGAAUCAACAAACCCCACCUUUGGCCGAUGACCUUCACGUGCAGUCAUGGAAACCAACCUACGUAGCCGUAAGGCAGAUUGGUGGGUAUGUGACGGAUGAUCUAGCAAUUAAAGAAGCUGUAGCUCUAAUGGAUAGCCUCAACGGCACUGAAUGGAAGUUCCACAUCGAGAAGAGCAAAGGAAAGCAGCCAGAUUAUUUUGUCGCCGAUUAUAACCCACCAUUCCAGACCACUGCUAGAGUUAAUGAGAUUCUUGUUCCGUUUAACAUGUAAUGAGUUUACGCCCUCACAAUCUAAAUGCAAUAUGUAUAUAUGCAAUUGGAUUAAGAGAGUUCUUUAAGAAGCUAGACUGUAAUAGCUUUUGACUAAAUCGGUUUAAUUAAUAAAAAUUCUGGUUAUUAUUUUCAUAUUUA